CAAAAACAUUUCAGGGCCUUUUGAGGAACAUCAUUAACCAUGUGGACCGUGGCUCUCAUUCUUUGUUUGGGAAAUAUUCUCAUCAGAGGCGAGGGCAGUGAUCAGCAUUCAGGAUCAUUCCCUGUAAUUGAACUCUCUGGAACGGCCUCCCCUGGUCUUUUAAUACUGGAAAAACAGAAAUCCAACAGCUCAAUCCAUCCACCCCAUGUAGCAGGACCAAAAACACCACACCCUCCUAUGUGCUUGGAGUCAGCUGGAAUCAGAGACGCCUUCAAAUAUGUCAAUACUGCGGUCUCUGUUGUUGUGUUUGUUGUUGGAAUAGUGGGAAAUUCAGCCUUACUGAAAAUCAUAUAUGUAAACAAAUGCAUGAGAAGCGGACCAAACAUUGUCAUUGCAAGUCUUGCUUUGGGGGAUCUAAUCCACAUUGUGAUAGACAUUCCAAUCAACGCCUACAGACUCAUUGCAGAAGAUUGGCCGUUCGGUUUGGUGUUGUGCAAACUCGUCCCUUUCAUACAGAAAACCACUGUUGGAAUUACUGUGUUGAGCUUAUGUGCUUUGAGUGUUGACAGAUACCGAGCCGUAGUAUCCUGGAAUCGGAUCAAAAGCAUUGGGGUUUCACUGUGGACAGCAAUCGAAAUAACUCUGAUAUGGGUUAUUUCUAUCCUGCUGGCUGUGCCUGAAGUUGUCGGCUUUGAUAUGAUAACAAUGGACUAUAAAGACAAGCAUCUGAGAAUAUGUCUGCUUCAUCCCAUGCAAACCACACAGAUCAUGCAGUUUUAUAAAUCAGUUAAGGACUGGUGGCUCUUUGGCUUUUACUUUUGCAUGCCACUGGCUUGGACCGCCGUCUUCUACACGCUCAUGACCAGGAAAAUGCUGAGGAAUACUGAGAAUACAUUAAGCGACCAUGCCAAGCAGAGACGAGAAGUCGCAAAAACUGUCUUCUGCCUGGUGAUCGUGUUUGCACUUUGUUGGUUACCUCUAUACCUAAGCAGAAUCUUGAAAUUAACCAUAUACGAUGAGAAAGAUCCUAAUAGAUGUCAGCUUCUGAGUGUCUUUCUUGUCCUGGAUUAUUUUGGCAUUAAUAUGGCAUCCCUCAACUCGUGCAUCAACCCUAUUGCAUUGUACAUAGUCAGCAAAAAAUUUAAAAGAUGUUUCAUGGCAUGUCUGUGCAGUUGGUGUCAACCUCUUCAAGCUGUUGCCCAUGACGAGGUGCAGUCUGUUUUGAAGUCCAGAACGCAGGAUCAAGCCUCAGAGCAGAGCGGCAACAUCAAAGCUCACAAGCAGACUUCCACACCUCUACCUGAGCAAGAAAAAACCUUACUGGUUUAACAAAACCCACGUGGCAGGGUGCAAAUACUUCAGUGUUUCUUUUUAAAAUAUACAUAUGGCUACCAAAGGGACUCUAUCGGUUGCUCAGCAACCUUGACAUGCCAUCAUAAUAAUGUAAAAUACCUUGUGAAUAACAUGCAGCACUGCCUUUUGUACUGCUGUCAUCAGUUGAACAUCUGCUUUGGUAUGAGCAACCUGGAGUCAGACUGUUCAGACUAUUUGCCCCUGGGGCUUGACUCACUCCCAACCAUUACAUCAGAUUUUACCUAGUACCUAUCCUGUAUCAUGCAUCAUAGUUCUCAAAUCACUGUUUUCGGCACAAUGUUAACUUGGCACCCAUCAACAGAAAUCUUGUCACGGCUUACCAACUGCAUAUAUAUUAUUUUGAUUCUGUUUCUGGAUUCUGGAAAGACACUGUGCCGUAGGAAAUCGAGCAAAUGGGAAUUCAAAAUUUUUACGGUGGGUUUUAUGGGGUACGGUGUAUUACUAGCACAUAAAUGUGUGUUUUUCGUCUCUGUUAAGUUUCCCAUACACAGCAGCCUAAGUUUUAAUAGCAUCCCUUUCAUUCUUGAACCUUGAGAAACAUAUCAAAUUGGUGCCACAAGUAGAUUCUGUCUCCGCCACUGAAUGACUGAUUGAUGGUGGCCUAUUUUUAAUGCAUUGUUAAAUGUGUAAUGCAUGGAGACACUUUAUAAAAGACCUGAGAGUGGGGAAGAAGGAAAACGAAGAUGACAGAAUGAGGUCAGGAGGAGAGAGGGAUGGGGUUGGGGUGGGGGGGCUGGGUAGAGAUGAGCACCUGAUAGGUCUUCCUGUCACAGGACAAGGCAAGCACAAAUAGAGGGUUGUUCUUCCAGCUAAUGCUGUAUCAGUCGGCAAAACUGUCUUGAUGCUGUAGCGCUGGAAUGCCUAUUAAAAGUUUAUCUUGUCUAAGUAAAGAGCACAACUGUUUAUAGAUUUAGUAGUUUGGAUAAAAGCGUGUGUAUGUUUGUGGUGCUUAUAGUAGAAGAGAUGUGGAAUAAGGACAUGACAUUUUGAUCAUUUCUAAAGCUAAUUAAGCUUUCCAGUAAACACAUGUUCAUAUAAAAUGGCUUAUUUUAACCUUAGAUAAUUGGCACCCUACUUUUUUGACACCCCAUUCUAAUUUUUUCAAUUAAGGAAUCUGAUAACAAUCCAGUUAAACUGUAAUUUGAAAUGAAAACAUUUGUAUUAAAAUGCCCACUUUGUUUUAUGUCAUGACUUUUUCAUAUCGGUGCCAUUGUACGAAGCGUUUCUCGCUCUAAGAGCUCUUGGCACUUCAAAUAGAGAGCACAAGGAGAUGCUGGUUCCACAUCGCAUCGCAUCAAACCAGCAGGCUGCCAUCUUUAUGUACCCAAUUGAUUAUCCUUGCUUUCCUCGACACAUAAACACUACAUUGGGCAAACUACAGUUAGAGUCAGGUUGUCAUGUUAUUAUGACGGAUUAGCAAGAAUUGAUGUAAUCCUUUCAAAUUUUAGCGUGUGGAUACAUCGUAGUCCUCAAAAGUGUCGUUUUUUCAUAAAUCAUUUAAAUGUCAUUUUACUGUAAAGAAAAAUUUAAUACUAAAAAUGUGUUUAUGAUUAGCGAUGCCAAAAAUAUGUUUCAAGAGAACAGAGAAAGUAACAUGCGUCCUAUCCAGCCCACACAGUUAUAUUGCCUGCUGUGCCACACACUCGUGCACCUCUCUCUGUUCUGACAUAAGAGAGAAAGUGUCUCUGUGUCUCUGAUGCUUUGACUGUUGGAUACAACAGUGUGGGAUAUGCUCAUUUACACUGAAGCCCGUUUUUUCACUGUUUUUGAUCUACAGUGGCACAACAUGGUCCAUGUAUUUUUCGCGUUUAUCCAUUUGAAUGUGUAUUUUGUAAUUCUCCUAUUUCUUCUUAUUUUGUGUUUUAAGACUCUCCUUUAAAUUUCAUACUGCAUUUUUAUUCCACUUUGGAUGUCAUUAGUUUUUAAUCGUACUGUUAACUGGAAAUCAAAUGUUUACAUCCUGCGGCAGCACACUUUAUCAGAUUCUUCUGUCACUGCGCAAAUUUAUGUCAAAUACUGUCAAAUGCUUCAGUCUCCUUUCUUUAUGUAAAUGCCAGCAGAUAAGCAACAAAUGGUGCUAUCGUAUCCCCAGCAGUAAAAGCUCACAACUGCGUGAUGACCCUGAAACAAUAAUGCUCUGGUAUCCAGAGAAGGGUGACGUCAGUGUCAACAUCAGUGAGAGUGCGGGUGGAUGAGACCUUCUUUAGUAAUCUCUGUACACACAAGGCUCAGAUAGGGCUCCCCACGGUGCUGCCCAGACUCCCCAGACUGUGGAUUUAAUUAAACAGUGUGAAAUUAAUUAAUCAGUGGGGUGGCAGGUAAAAGGACUCCUCACUGGAACUGCUCACACAACCAAGACAAGCAUUUCAUGUGCGCUGACAGUUAUUAAUUUGCUGUAUGUUUUAUUAUAGUGUUUCUAUAUAGAGAUGCUGAAAUUUUGGGAGAUUAAAAAGCUUGGCAUGGGAAAAAAGUCAUGCAAAUUAUCAAAAUAACAGCUCCCGAAAAUCAAAGUGUAAACCUGUGUUUGAUCUGUUCUAUCAAUUAAUUA